AUAUCAUUCAAAUACAUUUAUUGCCCUUACUUCCCACCGAUAUCAAUACAUGCCUAUCCGUUUCAGAUACCCACACCAUUAACUCUCUUCCUUUCCUUCUCUCUACGUCUCUUUGCCAUAGUUCUUUUUUCGUUUAUGAUUUUGCAUUCAUGGUUAAUUAGUUGUUUGGUGUUUGUUGUGAUCUAUAGCUGGCUGUCCAAUAGUCUUCCAAGAAAGUUCAACUUAUAUUGCCCUGUUCCUUCCCUUUUCUCUUUCCUUUUUGUGUUAUUUAUUCUCAUUCUGAUACAAUUCUGAAUUAAUUUAUGAUUGUUUCAUAAUGGAGAUUGAGGUGGCAACUAGUAGUUAUGGCACCCAGAGUGAUGAUGUUAGCACCAAUGGGGGUGGUGCUGGCGGUGGUGAUAGUAGCAGUAGCACGUAUCAAAGUAAUGCAGUCUCAGUCGGUGGACUGGAAAGGGGAACAUAUUUAGUGUGGGAGAAUCUUACUGUGGUUUUGCCAAAUUUUGGAAAUGGUCCAACAAAGAGGUUGCUUCAAGGGCUUUGUGGGUUUGCUGAGCCUGGAAGAAUCAUGGCUAUUAUGGGUCCUUCCGGGUCUGGAAAAUCCACACUUCUUGAUUCACUAGCAGGUAGACUCUCAAGAAAAGUGAUAAUGACUGGAAAUGUUCUUUUCAAUGGGAAGAAGAGGAGGUUUGACUCUGGUGUUGCUUAUGUGACACAAGAAGACGUAUUAUUAGGAACUCUUACAGUCAGAGAAACCAUUACAUAUUCAGCAAAUUUGAGGUUUCCAACUACCUUGACCAAAGAAGAGAUUGCUGAUGCUGUAGAAGGAACAAUCUCGGAAAUGGGUCUCCAAGACUGUGCUGAUAGGCUGAUUGGAAACUGGCAUUUAAGAGGCAUAAGUGGUGGUGAAAAGAAGAGACUUAGUAUUGCACUGGAAAUCCUCACAACGCCACGUCUAUUGUUUCUUGAUGAACCUACGAGUGGCCUUGACAGUGCAUCAGCUUUCUUUGUAAUCCAAACUCUUAGAAAUAUAGCUCGUGACGGAAGGAUGGUUAUCUCUUCAAUUCACCAGCCAAGUAGCGAAGUGUUUGCACUCUUUGAUGAUCUGUUCCUACUAUCUGGAGGUGAAACUGUUUACUUUGGAGAAUCAAAGAUGGCUAUAGAGUUCUUCGCUGAGGCUGGUUUUCCUUGUCCAAAGAGAAGGAAUCCAUCUGAUCACUUCCUUCGUUGUAUAAAUUCAGACUUUGAUGCUGUAGCAGCCACACUAAAGGGAUCUCAUAGAAUUCGUGAUGUCCCGACAACAUCAGAUCCUUUGAUGAAUAUGGCAACAGCAGAGAUCAAAGCAAGGCUUAUUGAGAAAUAUAGGUGCUCAAACUACGCAAGAAGGGCAAAAGCUAGGAUUAAAGAGAUAUCAGCCGUUAAAGGACUAGAAAUUGAAACAGAAGGUGGGAGUCAGGCAACUAGGUGGAAGCAACUUUCAACACUGACCAGAAGAUCGUUUCUGAACAUGUCCAGGGAUGUGGGAUAUUACUGGGCAAGGAUAGCAAUCUACAUAAUUGUUUCUAUUUGUGUUGGUACUGUCUAUCAUGAUGUUGGAUAUGGCUAUACUGCAAUCUUGGCUAGGGUGGCCUGCGGUGGAUUUAUAACUGGCUUCAUGACAUUUAUGUCUAUUGGAGGCUUUCCAUCUUUCAUUGAAGAAAUGAAGAUCUUUUAUCGAGAAAAGCUUAAUGGGUACUAUGGAGUUACAGUGUUCAUCUUGUCCAACUACUUCUCUUCUUUCCCAUUCUUGGUUGCAAUUGCACUUGCCAGCGGGACUAUAUGUUUUUACUUGGUGAAAUUUCGAUCAGGAUUUUCUCAUUAUGCAUUUUUCUGUCUCAAUAUCUUUGCCUGCAUUUCUGUUAUAGAGAGCCUGAUGAUGGUUGUAGCUUCAUUGGUUCCCAAUUUCUUAAUGGGACUUGUUACUGGGGCUGGAAUCAUUGGAAUCAUGAUGAUGACGUCUGGCUUCUUUCGAUUGCUGCCUGAUCUUCCCAAACCAUUCUGGCGCUACCCAGUUUCAUAUAUCAAUUAUGGAGCAUGGGGACUUCAGGGUGCCUACAAGAAUGAUUUCCUUGGCCUAGAAUUUGAACCUCUAGUGCCUGGUGAACCUAAAAUCUCAGGGGAAUUUAUCAUCACAAAUGUAUUUGGAGUUCCUCUAGAUCAUUCAAAGUGGUGGGACUUAUCUGCUAUAUUUCUGAUUCUUCUAUGUUUUCGGAUUCUGUUCUUCGUCGUUCUCAAGUUCAAAGAGAGAGCUUCACCAAUAGUCAAGGAUCUUUAUUCAAAGAGAACUUUGCAAAAACUUGAAAAGAGGCCUUCCUUCAGGAAGAUGCCACCCUUUGAUUCCAAGAGGCACCAAACUCUCCGUUCUCUGUCUUCUCAAGAGGGUCUAAACUCACCGCUCAACUAGAAGCACUGAAGAGAAACAAAAAAAAAAAAAAAAAAAAAGCUAUGGUGGUUGUCAUGUUAUCACAGUACAAUAUCUAUGUAAUUUAGUAGUUUGUUGCUCACACAGAGAGACAAAUCUUGUUACGCGGUUGGAAAAAUAUCAAUUCUUUCUAGUUGAGAUCAUGAAUAGCAGCAUAAAUGGGACAUUACCCGAUUCUGACUCA